CCGAAUAAAUGACUUUACUCUACUAAUCACAAAGAUAUUGGUACACUAUAUUUUAUUCUAGGACUUUGAUCUGGAUUAGUAGGUACUUCUUUAAGUUUUAUCAUUCGAAUUGAACUAAGAAAUCCCCAAUCAUUAAUUGGUGAUGAUCAAAUUUUUAAUGUAAUAGUUACAGCCCAUGCAUUUAUUAUAAUUUUUUUUAUGGUUAUACCUAUUAUAAUUGGAGGAUUUGGUAAUUGAUUAGUUCCUCUAAUACUCGGUGCUCCUGAUAUAGCUUUUCCCCGAAUAAAUAAUAUAAGUUUUUGACUUUUACCACCAUCUUUAACUUUUCUAUUAAUUAGAAGAAUCAUUGAAAAAGGCGCUGGAACAGGAUGAACCGUUUAUCCUCCACUAGCAUCUAAUAUUGCUCAUAGAGGAAGUUCAAUUGACUUAGCAAUUUUUAGCUUACAUUUAGCUGGAAUCUCUUCAAUUAUAGGAGCAACAAAUUUUAUUUCCACAAUUAUUAAUAUACGACCUCAUAAUAUACCCAUAGAUCAAAUUUCACUUUUUUCUUGAGCUGUGGGUAUUACUGCUCUAUUACUCCUUCUUUCUCUUCCUGUACUUGCGGGAGCUAUUACUAUAUUAUUAACUGACCGAAAUAUUAAUACCUCAUUCUUCGACCCAGCUGGAGGAGGGGACCCUAUUUUAUAUCAACAUUUAUUUUGAUUUUUCGGACAUCCUGAAGUUUACAUUUUAAUUCUUCCAGGAUUUGGAAUAAUUUCUCAUAUUGUCUCUCAAGAAAGAAAUAAAAAAGAAACUUUUGGAACUUUAGGUAUGAUUUAUGCAAUACUAGCUAUUGGUCUUUUAGGAUUUUUAGUUUGAGCUCAUCAUAUAUUUACUAUCGGAAUAGAUGUUGAUACUCGAGCUUACUUUACUUCUGCCACUAUAAUUAUUGCUAUUCCAACUGGUAUUAAAAUUUUUAGAUGAUUAGCUACACUUUAUGGAACUAAGUUAAACUUUGAACCAACUACACUUUGGUCAUUAGGUUUUAUUUUUUUAUUUACUAUUGGAGGAUUAACUGGAGUAGUCCUAGCUAAUUCAUCUAUUGAUAUUAUUCUUCAUGAUACAUACUAUGUUGUUGCCCACUUUCAUUAUGUUUUAUCAAUAGGAGCUGUAUUUGCAAUUAUUGCAGGAUUUAUUCAUUGAUACCCAUUAUUUACUGGAUUAACUCUUAAUAAUAACCUUUUAAAAAGACAUUUUAUUUUAACAUUUAUUGGAGUAAAUUUAACUUUCUUCCCUCAGCAUUUUCUAGGAUUAAGAGGAAUGCCCCGACGUUACUCCGAUUAUCCUGAUUCUUUUACUAAAUGAAAUAUCAUUUCUUCAAUCGGUAGAUUAAUCUCUACACUAAGAUUAAUAUUCUUUAUUUAUAUUAUUUGAGAAAGUUUAAUUCUUAACCGACAAACAUUAACUACUUUAAAUUUUCCCUCUUCAAUUGAAUGAUUAAGAUCACUACCACCAGCUGAACAUAGAUUUAAUGAAAUCCCUUUAAUUACUAAAU